AUGCUUUCCACUUUACGAGCAGUAGCACGCUGCCGCUAUUCUCAUUCCCUUGCAUUUGUACAUUCAACUCGCACCAUGAGCCAUGCUACCCAUAACACAAUCACGCCAACUCCUGUUACAGCCGCUUGUUGUAUCAUUGGCGACGAGAUCCUCAAUGGCAAGACCAAAGACUCCAACUCGCAUUUCCUUGCAAAGUAUUUAUUCGAUUGUGGGAUUGACCUAAAGCGUAUCGAGGUGGUGGGCGAUGAUUAUGGUGCUAUUGCUGAAACUGUCACUCGUCUCUCCAGUCAGCAUGAUUUGGUAUUUACCAGUGGUGGGAUUGGACCAACACAUGAUGAUAUCAGUUAUGAAGCGAUCGCCCGUGCCUAUUCAUUGGACCUUAAACUCGACAAUGAUACCUGCGUUGCUAUGGAGAAAGUGAUGCGACCCAAGAUAGUCCAUUGGGAAUUGACCGAAGCAAGGAAACGAAUGGCUAUCUUCCCUUAUCCAGCAGAGAUUAUACGCACCAAUCCUGAAGAGCUUUGGGUACCCGUCGUGGUAGUGAACAGCAACAUCCAUAUCCUCCCAGGCAUACCACGUUUGUUUGAACGUCUCAUUACUCUUUUGCGACCUCGAUUUGAUCGAUUGGUGGAUGAAAAAGGUGGCAUGGGAAGAUAUUAUCGAGUACAAGUGGCUACCAAACUUCCAGAAGGCGAAAUUGCUCCUUGUCUCUCAGAACUCCAGAAGCAAGUCGACAAGAAAAACCUAAAGAUUGGCAGCUAUCCAAAGUGGGGAGUAACAGAAGAUGGUACAAGGGUCGUAGUCAGCGUUGUGGGACGUGAUCAGGCUGACGUCAAGCAUAUCGGCGAUCAACUUGUGGACCAAAUCGAAGGCAGGAUCCUCAACCCUUUGGAAGCAAUAGAGCAUGGCGAGGCACAAAGAGAAUUACCAUAA